UCCACAACCUUCUUAUUACUGGACUUACCCGGGUGGACGGUCGACCGGUACUCUUUUGAAUUGUGCAUUCACUCGAAAUAAAGGAAGCGUGUCAUGCAAGGCAUAUAAUGUAAUGCGCACAUUGGAUGGCUCAAAUAGCGCACAUGCUACAGAGAAGAAUAGCGAAAUUAAAAUAAAUGUAUUAUACCCUCCAGUCAUUACGAAGUUAUCAAGCAAUGACAAGAACUUAGAAAUAAUUGAUAGCACAAUAAGAGUACAGAGAGGUGAUAGCAUCAACAUUGUCUGUACUUGUGACGCCAAUCCCCCGGCUACGGUAUUCUGGCGUGAUCAACUGAGUGUUUCACCUCUAUUGACCGUCACAAGUGUACAGCAUGACGCUGUAUGGACUUGCCAAGCUACAAACUCUAUGACUGAAUUUGAUGGAGAAACAUCAACGUCUACUGUAACUAGAAACGUUUCCGCGAGAGUAUUAUAUGGUCCUGAUGUUCCUACAAUCACGUUUACAAUUCUACCAAACUCAACUUCACUUUUAAAUGCGGCAAAUGAAACAAUAAAAGUUAUAGAAGGAAGUACAAUCAUAUGUAUGUGCUCCGUUGAUAGUGUUCCGAAAUCGACAUACUCCUGGGAUGCCGGAUACGAAGGGAAUAUUCUAACGAUAGUUAAUAUAACGCGAACAACGAACAUAAGAUGCAAUUGCACGGCAAAGAAUGUUAUGGAUACAUUAUUCAAAGGAAUAGUUAUUGGCAGUAACUAUUCAUUCGCUAAUCUUGAUAUACUAUAUGGCCCUGAGAUAAUAGCAUUGAGGUACAACAACGUCACACCAAUAGAGAAUGUUUUUAAAGUCAUUGAAGGAUGGUCGUUCACAAUAUUAUGUUCGGCCAGAAGUAAUCCAGCUUCUCGAUAUUCUUGGUUUGGUCCUGUAACUGGAGAAGGGGAGGUUCUGAACAUACAAAAUGUGACAAGUGACAUGUACAAAAAUGUAACUUGUAAAGCGGAAAACACCAUGGUAGAUAGUAUGGGGAAGUAUGUUUCCGGGAAUGCACGUGUAACGGUUUUAAUGGAAGUUCUAUAUUCGCCUGAUGUACGUUUACAGAACCAAACCGUGCUACUAAACACUUCUCUCACAGUUGUGUGCAAUUUGACUGAUUUUGGUAAUCCACCAGCCUCAAACUUUUUAUGGAUAAGGAAGGACAUUGGCAGAGUGAUUGGUACCGGACAAACACUUAUAAUAAAAAACAUUAGAUUUACAGAUGAAGGGGUAUACCAGUGUAAUGCUUCGAACAGUAUGAAAUCAAUAACAAAUGAAGUGGUAUACGGAUUAAGUCAGUCGACAGUGUAUAUAAAUGUUGAAUACGGGGCAUAUGUACGGAUAUUUGAAGCAAAUCAAUUACAAAAAAGCAUCGUUGUUAACCAGGGUGAGACAGUAGAGCUGUUGUGUGAUGCAGAUGGUGACCCCGAGCCUGUGAUUCGUUUAAUGAAUACUACCCUUGGGAAUGAAAAAAUCUUAGUUGAAAUAAAAGGAAACAAAGCUAAAUAUCACAUUAAACAAGCAAACUGUGAAUAUGAUACUGGAAACUAUACAUGUUCGGCAAAUAAUCGUUAUAGCGAAGGGAGACAGUUGCUGGCACUUUUCGUUUACUGCUCACCAAGAGCAUCGUCAUUUUCUCCCCCGGUUACAACAUUGUACAGAGCGCCUAACGACACUGUGUUGUUCACAUUCACAAUAAUUGCCUAUCCUAAGCCGACUUCACAAGAUAUCGUUUGGUACAAGCGAGGUGAUAACGGUUGGAGCGUUUUGUCAGAUGACACCAACUUCAUGGUCGCAAUCUCUGACGAUAGCAUGCAAAUACAGCUGAAGAUAUUCCAAGCUCAACUCGAUGACUACACCGAAUACAUGGUGAACGUUUCUAACAAAUUUGGUUCAGCAAUGGAAGUGUUUAUUUUAAAAGCACAGUCGGAACCAGAAGUUCCGGUACAAUUGCAAGUAAGCAGAACAGGCAAAAAAGAACUUGUUGUCGAAUGGAUUCCUGGUUUUGAUGGCGGUGAAAGUCAAACAUUUACUAUCAGGUACAAAGAAUUAGGCGAUGAAAGCUGGGUGGUUAUUCCCUUUAAUAUUUCUCAAUAUAAAUGGACAGUAGUUGGGUUAAAGUCGGGAACCACAUACCAAAUUCAAAUGAUGGCACACAACAAAAAAGGAAAGUCGGAUUGGACACAAGCAAUAUUUGUUACUACUCUACUAGACACAGUAAGCAGUACCUCUUCAACAUCCGCUGUUGGUGGAGCGGUGGGUGGAGUAUUUGGAGUUGGUGUCAUUAUUGCAGUGUCCGUCCUGAUCUGGAGGUACAAAUCACAUGUAAUUACAGGGCCAAACACAAAAAAGCAAUUCCUAACGAAUAGGAAUUCGGUUGGGACGUAUGAAGAUCUGGUCCGAGGACAGUAAGUGCAUGCAUACUUACACCUCACUUUUUUAAGUUUGUUGGUGAUAAUCUCAGUACAUAAAAUACAAUAAAUAAAUGUAUGCUUUAAUAACGCCGAAAUACGUGCUUUGUCCUGAUUCUCGUGUAAGACACGAGGAUAUUAUUAUAUUCAGAAAGUGUUUGUGCACGUUAUAACCUGAACUAUAUAAAACAUCUCUAUUAACGUG